AUGGGUAACGCUCAGUCGACGAGUACCCUGACCCGUACGACCGGUGCACUAGAUUCAUUCGUCGCAGAACUCGGAGGAGAUGUUGUAUAUGACAAGAGUCUUGGACAGACGAGAUUCCUCAAAACCGUGAAGUGUCGCCACCGCAGCGGCUACCUGGUCAUCAAAAUAUUCAUAAAGCCUGACCCUGGUAUCACUUUGAGAAGCUAUCAUCGUCGGUUAAAGAUGGAAAGAGAAUCUCUAUCUGAUAUCGCGAACGUAUACAACUAUCAGUCAUUUGUGGAAACCGAUAAGGCGGGGUAUAUUAUACGUCAGUGGAUUGCCAGUAACCUUUAUGAUCGCAUAAGUACUCGCCCCUUUCUCAGUGCAAUUGAAAAGAAAUGGAUUGCCUUUCAAUUGCUGAAUGCGCUACGUGACGCUCGAAAUCGAAAAGUCGCACACGGAGACAUUAAAUCCACCAAUAUUUUGGUGACUUCAUGGAAUUGGGUAUACCUGACGGACUUCGCAGCGCAGUACAAGCCAACUUUCCUGCCUUUGGACGACCCUGCCGAUUUUUCGUUCUUCUUCGAUACUAGUGGACGUCGCACGUGCUAUGUUGCCCCAGAGCGGUUUUAUACAGCGACAAGCAACCCAGAGGUGAGUGCGAAGAAGAACAAGCUUGCUGGUGCUGCAGAGGAAGGUGUUGAAGGGAGCAGAAGAGACGGACGGGUCACCGAGUCGAUGGAUUGUUUCAGUGCAGGAUGUGUGAUUGCCGAACUUUUCCUAGAAGGCGCACCACUUUUCUCCUUGAGCCAGUUGUUUAAAUACAGAGAAGGCGAGUACAACGUAGAUGGGCCCCUGAGUGCAAUCGACGACGACGGUAUACGUAGCAUAAUCAAGCAGAUGAUCGCCCUCGACCCCACAACCCGCCCAACAUUCGAUACCCUUCUACACACAUCGCGAGGAUCUGUGUUCCCAGAAUGUUUUUACUCCUUCUUGCACAAUUACGUCUCGUCAAUUAACGAUCUCCCGACUCGAGCUGAAACUACUAGCGACGCGCUUCCAAGCGACUCUGAUAAUCGACUGGAGAGGAUUUGGGAGGAUUACGAGGGCGUAGAACCGUAUCUCCUUCCUGAUACAGCAGAGCAAACCGUAAUGGACGUUAAACUAGAGUAUGGACUCGAAGAUGGUCCUGCACUUAUAAUCCUCUCGCUCGUCAGCGCAAAUAUUCGCAAUUGUGCGCUCCCCAGCUCGCGUCUACGAGCACUGGAUCUAUUCCUUGCCUUAGCCUGUCACCUCACGGACGAGGCGAAGCUGGACAGGAUGGUGCCCUAUAUCGUGGAUCUCUUACACGACGAGGCAGCCAUCGUUCGUUCUGCAGCUUUGCGCACUUUAAUGCAAGUGUUAAUGCUGGUGACUGUCAUCACUCCUUCCAAUGUCUCUAUUUUUCCGGAAUACAUCAUUCCAAAUAUGAAAUACCUCGUACAAGACCCAGAAGUAUCUGUUCGUUGUAUAUAUGCUCAGUGCAUAGUUCAGCUAGCCGACACUGCAGUACGAUAUCUGGAAAUGGGCCAAGCACUGAAAGCUCACGGAGCCUACAAAAUGGCACCAAGUUCAGAUAAACAAGAGUAUGAUGAUGGUCAUUUUGAAGUCAACCUUCAGACAUCUAUACAAGAGCAACUCUCUGCCUUACUCAUGGAUCCUUCGAGUAUUGUCAAGCGCGCAAUUUUGCACAAUAUAUCGUCAUUAUGCAUUUUCCUUGGGCGACAGAAGACCAACGACGUACUCCUUAGCCAUAUGAUUACAUACUUGAACGACCGUGACUGGCUUUUACGAUGUGCAUUUUUUGAGAGCAUCGUGGAUGUGGCGGCUUGUGCAGGUGGGCGCAGUUUGGAUGAAUACAUCUUGCCGCUGAUGAUACAGGCACUUUCUGAUGUGGAGGAAACUGUUGUUGCAAGGGUACUUGCUGCACUAACGAGUCUUUGCGAGCUUGAGCUGUUUCAUAAAAUGAGGAUAUGGGAGUUGAUGAGCGCGACGCUCGGUUUUUUCUAUCAUCCGAAUGUAUGGAUACGUCAAGGUGCUGCCGCAUUCAUCGCUUCUGCUGCGAAAUAUCUGCCCACCAGCGACGUCUGGUGUAUUCUGUACCCGUCCCUUAGGCAUUUGCUGCGAUCUGAUAUCAAGGUCAUAGACGAACAAAGUCUUCUAACCAGUAUGAAGUCACCACUUUCACGACAAGUUUUCGACGCCGCAGUGCAAUGGGCAAUGAAAGCAGAAAAAACCGGUUUUUGGAAAGGUCAUCGUCGUACGGCAUCUAAAGUUGAAUCCCCUCGAGAAAGCAUAGUAAUCAGAGAUGAGGCUCAGCUUGCCAAACUACACAAUCUGGGUAUGACGACUUCUGAGGAAGCGAAAUUAUUGGCUUUGAGAGACUAUAUUCUCAAACUUGCUAAUGCCACCUCGAGUUUUGCGUCCCGUUUGAGAUCAGAGCCUGAAGCAGAAAAAAACCUCAGAACCAUUGGAGACAUAGAAAUGCAGAAGUUGGCUGUAGUCCCCCAGACUGUAUUUUUGAAGUCCCGAGCUUCUUUAGAUGUGACUCCCCGUUCUUCUCGUAUAGUCUCUGCAUCCCGUCGGUCUACAUUUGACCUACCUGGACGAAUAGGCACCCCACGAAUGAGUCGAGCUUCAAGUAUAGACCAUGGGAAUAGUGGUGCUCCAUUUGAAGAUCUUCGCAGAAGGCUUGCCACUAUCAACGGUUCCGCAUCUUCUCUGAGUCACCCAUCUCCUCGGGACCGACGAAGCCCACUGAUGGCUGUUCAACCUAUGCCGGCGCAGCCUGUGCAUCUUACCGCAGCUGCUUUGUCUCUUGAUCGACCAAAUAGUCCGACUGAGUCGGUUGUCUCCACGACAAACUCCUCGACUAUUCGUACAGCACAUAGGUUACAAGUUGGGAGUACUGACGGACAAAAAGCUGCUCCUGCAAUCGGAUCAUCUAAUGCAAACGCCACUGGGCUGUUGGAAGCGCCUUCCAAAUUUCGUUCUGAUGGCUCUCCAGAAAGAUCCGGAAGGUCUUCUCCCGUAUCAGUGGCAGGUACAGCUCGAGGAUCCAAUAGGCCACGGGUACCCUCUUUGCUGCCCAUCUCAACUUAUGAUGGUCAGGAACCUGGCAUCAGCAAUUUACUUGAAAAUCUUUAUCUGGACAAUAACCGCGAAUUGCAGAACGACUUUGGCCCUAAAGUCCAUGAGGGACCUACACGGCGCCGAAACGCAGCUCGUCACAGCUUUGCAGGACGGGACAAUUCUAGCCGACGUGCAGAAGCAACGCUCAUCGCUCAUCUACACUCUCACUCAGACACCGUUACUGGACUGGCUGUCUCUCCAGAUCACAUAUUCUUCGUGUCGUCCUCGGACGACAAGACCGUUAAAGUCUGGGACACGGCAAGGCUAGAGCGGAAUGUGACAAGCAAGCCUAGACACACCUACGGCCAACAUCAUGCGCGAGUAAAGUGCGUUUGCAUGCUAGAGAACGUUCACUGCUUUGCGAGUGCGGCGGAUGAUGGAAGCUUGCAUGUUGUUCGUGUUCAUGUGAAUCAAAGCGGUGCGCUUCCAAAAUACAGCAAGCUCCAAGUCAUUCGAGAACAUCGAGUUGAUCAUGCUGGCGAAUAUAUUACAUGCAUGUCCCACUAUAAUUCGGAUACAUCUUCAAACUUGGUUUACGCUACCACUCAUUCUGUUAUCACCAUCUUGGACUUACGAACGAUGCGGAUCUUGCAAACCAUGCAAAAUCCACGCCACCUAGGGCCUAUUAGUUGUAUGUGCAUUGAUAGGAAACGCUCUUGGAUCAUAGUUGGGACGUCGAUGGGAACGUUGACUUUAUGGGACCGCCGUUUUGGACUGCUAUUGAAAAGUUGGCAAGUUGGCAAGAACCUAUCCGGGAGGUCAUCUCGCAUACAUCAAUGUGUUGUUCAUCCCACGAAGGGGCGGGGCCGGUGGAUUAUGGUUGCAGUGGAAACAUCAAAAAUGGCUUCUGAACAAACAUCGACUACUCUGAUAGAAGUUUGGGACAUCGAAAAAACGGUUCUUGUCGAAAGCUACACGACUCGCACCACAAAUUCUUCUUCUGAUCCUCUUCAGGAGCCAAAAGAGCAUCCGGGAGCUGACGCUGAGGAAAGUCCAGCAGCAGCCAUAGCAGCCCUAGUUCGGUCACGGCAAGCAGGCACUUCAACGUACCCCAGCCUUUUAGCACGAAAUCGUGGAUCUUCACAGAGCAUCCCCCGAGAAGAUUCUUUGCCAGCGCCCUCGCUUGACAUUCGUGCGGUCAUUGUUGGUCUUGAAUUUGGUGGCCAUUCUACAGUUCAUAGGCUGGAGAUGGCUGAUAUGACCAACGAAACAAACUUAUCGAAUAGGUCCACUGGGCGCGGGUUCAUGGUCAGCGGAUCUGAAGAUCGUAGGAUAAGGCUGUGGGAUCUGACAAAGCUGGAGCGAACGUCGGUGCUUGUUGGUCUAGACUCUGGGCAUGAUAGACCUUCCUAUAGCACAAUUCGUGGAUCGACUGGCUCUGCGGUGAAUAACGUUGAGUCGUGGUUGCAAUCUUCCGCCGCCGCCAGUCACAACAACCGUCCUCCGCAACGCAUGUCGUUGAUUACGCAUAAUCAACAGACUUUGCUCAAGUCUCACCAGGACAUAAUCACCGCUUUGGCAUGUAUUGACUCCCCUUUCCGUGGAGGUAUCGUAAGUGGGGACCGUGCAGGAGUGAUCAAGGUUUGGAGAGUGGGGACGGCGGACUGAUUUAUUUAUUUUGUUUUAAUGGAUCUGAAUGUUUGGAUUACAUAUAGUGUUACCGCGUCAUUGAUUAGAGAAAUGUAUUAUUUUUCGUCAUAUGAAUGAACUGCCCAGGCU